UGGGCACCGGCUCCGUGCGUGCGGCUGUGACCACCCUCGCGCAGACAUGAACCCCAAAGGCUGCCUCGGCUGUGCCAAGUACUUUCUCUUCUUCCUCAACCUCUUCUUCUUCGCCCUGGGCACCCUCCUCCUCGCCUUCGGCCUCUGGGUCCUCUUCGACCGGCAGAGCUUCGCCGCCAUGCUGGGGUCACCACUGGUCAGUCUGAGGGUCUGGUCCUACGGCUUCUCUGGGGUCGGCAUUGUCACGAUGCUGCUGGGGUUCCUGGGCUGCCUGGGGGCCCUCAAGGAGGUCAAGGUCCUGCUCAUGCUGUACUUUGGGGUUCUGCUGCUGCUCUUCGUUGCCCAGAUCACGGUGGGCGUCAUUGUCUACACGCAGCGCGUUGCUCUGGCCACCAAGGUGGCCACCUACGUGCAGAAGCUGAUCCAAGAGUACCCAGCUCAGGGACCGCCUGGCGAUCCCCACGAGAGCUGGGAUGCUGUCCAGCAGCAGCUCGGCUGCUGCGGCUGGAAUGGGCGCCAGGACUGGGAGCACCACGACGGACCCUCUGGGGACACGGACGGGGCCGAGACUGUCGCCUGUUCCUGCCUCAAGGCCCCCAACAGCACCCACAGGACCCCACGGGUGCUGCCCCAUGGCCGCUGCCUCGUAACUGCCCCCAGUGACAUCUUCCCCAAGGGCUGCGCCGCAGGCGUCCGGGACUGGCUGGCCGCAAACCUGAUCACCGUCAUGGGGGUGUGCCUGGGCAUUGGCCUGGGGGAG